CAGCUCAGCCGUCCGUCAGACCCUGUGAGUUUCAGUGCCGUGUGAGCCUCAGCGAAGGAAGGUUGUGGCUCCUCCGCUCUGAUCUUGGCAGUGGCGCUCUGCCUCCGGGAUAUUUGUCUGUCUUUCACGUGUCAACAAAUUCAGUCUCUGUGAUGUCUCUAGUUCUUAACCCUCAUGAUGUGAGCUGAGGUGUUGUUGGGUGAAUUUGUGAAUAGACAUCAUCUCCAGAGUGUGCUUUAAAGGUGUAGAAGGAUUUUAAAUCUUGAAUUUGGUGUCAAAAUGUUGGUGGAGAAGCCCGAGGCUGUAGUGUUGUGUGUGGCCCUGCUGGUGACCUGCACGGCGGCGCAGCUGGGACUCAACGAGGAGCCCAGAUUACGGAAGAGACCAAGGCACUUCCUCCAUCUUCGUAUCCAGAGAACGCGGGAUGACCUAGAACACCACGUGGACUGCAAUGUGGUGUGCCAGGACAAUUCGCGUGACCCCGUGUGCGGCACUAAUGGCCAAACCUUUGACAGCAUAUGUGACCUCGAUCGUGACAUUUGUAGAAAGGUCAAGGUGAGCCUCAAGCACCGGGGCGAGUGUUCCUUGGCGGAGAAGUGCCUGGACGAGCGAAGAGCGAAGCAGGAGCAGCUAGCCAACGGAGAAAGCGUGUACGUGCCCACCUGCUUGGCUGAUGGGUCGUAUGCCGCGGUGCAGUGUCAUAAUUUCACGUCGUACUGUUGGUGCUCGAGGUUGGACGGCAAGCCUAUCCCUCAGACUAUCCAGAAGGAGAGAUCGCCCCAGUGUGUUGAAGAUCGGACGAGCCCCCCAGCGCCGGAGUCACCCCCACAAGGCAAGUGGACCGGGGUAGUUGGUGAGGAGCCGGGGGUACAGGCAGUUCAAACACUCAUGUCCCUCUCGACCGCCAAAGCCAGCACAGCACGCCCUCGCCCACGCCCGCCCCAACCUGGCCCCAAGCGGUGCAGCGGGAGAACCAGAAAGACCUUCAUCGACAACAUGAGUCACCACCUGGUAAAGGAGUUCAAGAGGGAAAGGAAUGCCAAGCGAAUGUCUGAGGAGAAGCUGUUAAGGAAGGCGGUGAAGUGGAAGUUUAAUCGUCUGGACACCGACGACGAUAAGCAGCUGAAGCGGCGGGAGUAUCGAGGCUUCAAGAAACCCGUCAGGAAGUUCAUUAAACCCAAAAAGUGCGCCAAAAAGUUCCCGCGCUUGUGUGAUACUGACAACAACAGCAUUCUCUCCGAAGCCGAGUGGAUGGUCUGCUUCUUACCCACACGGAAGAGAGGAGACCAACCUAGCAAAUGUAGAAACGGUUCCUGCCGGUCAAGCUCCCCCAAUGACACGCGACCCAAGCCUUCAUGUAAUCGGGACCGGCAAAGCAUACUAGAGGCCGAGAGUGCAGGCAACAACAGCAUCCCUAUCCCUGUGUGUCAGCCCAAUGGGAAAUACGAGCGUGUUCAGUGCUAUAGAGAUAUCUGUUUAUGUGUUGAUGAAUGGACAGGGAACAGUCUGGAUGGUACUGGGGUGACGAAUGGUACUCCUGACUGCUCGCGACCAAUGCCACAUGCACGCGAAUGGCCAGGUUGUACAGGAGAAACCAAGACCAAGUUUAUUCUGGACCUGAAGAAAUUCCUCUUUAAUAAGGUGGAAGGUGGAGACAGGAGUACAGGAGCAGAUUCAACUACACAGUCAGUGGAGGAGUUUGCUGCUACUUAUCACUUCCGAAAUCUUGACAGAAAUAAUAACCAAUUUCUGGAGAAGAAGGAGAAAAGAUUGGCCAAGAGGUUUUUGAAAAGUAAUCCUAAGUUAAAGAAGUGUGGACGAAAAAUCACUAACUAUUGUGAUGUGGACCGAGACAAUAAGGUGUCACUGGAGGAAUGGAUUGCUUGUGUCGUGGUGGUGCAGAAUGAAACUGGUGACAGCCCUAAUGGUGGUGGUCAAGAUGAUGUAAGAAGAAUUGGAGAGAAUCCACUCCAUAAAUAUCUUGUACCAGAAGAAGAGGCUGGUCGCUUGAAAAAUAGAAAGUGGUAGAAUACUUCUUACUCAGUGGUUUACAGAGAGGAUCCACCACGCCCACCACCACAGGGAAGCUCGAAUCCCUUUGAGACGAUUCUCAAGUCCGAAGCUUAAGAGUUAAUUAAAGGCCUUCAGCUUUUUGGGAAUUUGAAUAGAAAAGAAAUGUUUGACACUGUCUUGUUGCGAUCUGAUAACUUGUAUAUCCAAACUCACUAUAUCCAAAUAUGUUAGUUGAUAGUGCAAAUUAUUUGGAGUAUCCCGCGCCCUACUAGUAUUGUUUUCCUCGUAAGCUAUAGUGAAAAGUUCGUAACAACAGUGUAAUCUGACAUGGAUGCUGGUGCUCCAGUUGCCAGUAAUUAAAAAAAUGUUUCUGUCAUCAUGGCAUAUUACCAUCAUAUGUUAUAGCUUAAUAUCUCUUAUAUUCCUUGUUUGAAAAAUCUUACCUCACAUGUGCAUAAUUUUAUUUAAGACUAAGGCUUUUCUCUUAAAUUAUAUUAAUGUUCACAAGGUUUUAUCUAAAUGUUGAGAAAUUUCAAGUUGGAAAAGUUUGGGGGAAGUUAGAACAGUCUGAAUUACAUCAGUAAGAAACUUG